AUGUUCCGUUCAGGGACUGGUCGGCGCCUGGGAUCUGCGACCCAGGCGACGUUGUGGCCUGCAGCAACGACGCUGAUUGUGCGAAGCUGCCGGCAAGCUGCUGUCCGCACUAUGGUCCAGGACCCUCUCCAGGCUGUGGGUGGCUGCGGUGUCUGCAGACAGGCCCUGGCGGCUCCCGAGGAAGCACUAGUCACUAGUCACCGUCCACCGUUCGCCGCCUCCGUGACGAAGCUUUGCGGAAUGCACCGCGAAGCGGCCCCUGGCCCGCAGACGAAAGAAGGUGGCAUCUGCUUGCAAAACACAAGCACCCGAAUUUGUGGAGUUGAAAUGAAUACGGGCAACGUCGGCUGUUACAGCAAGGACACGUGUCAAGACCCAUCACCUAUGGCGCCAAAGCUCGCGUGCUUUCCAGAUGGGCACUCUGCAGUGAAUGCCACUGAACUCUUUGCCAACAUGUCGCACUUCGGCUCCGGCAACUCGAUCGGGGUAUGGAACGACGAGCCCAAGGUCGUGCAGCGAUGGAACACCCUAAUUCGUUUGGUUGCGAAGCGGCGCCGAAUGCCAGAUGUCUUUGAGGUGUAUGAUGCAAUGCGUGCUUUGUGGGUCCGCGCGGACCACGGAACAACUGAGUUCAUUGCAAGAGCAGCAGUGGCGACAGUGGGCCUGAGCGGCCUGGUCGAUUCGUUCCACACGAUGCCUCCAGCUCGAUAUCCAGAGGUUGUUUUCGUGGGCUGGUCUAAUGUUGGCAAGAGCUCAUUGAUUAACUCCCUCCUCCAUCGUACUGCCGUGGCCCCAGUGUCCAAGAUGCCUGGGAAAACGACGCAGUUCCAUUUCUAUACCAUCAACGAGCAGAAUGCUGCUUUUCCACAGAUGACUCUGGUCGACGUCCCAGGCCUCGGUGAGGCUAUGGCGGACGAAAUGCAGAUAAGGCACUGGAGGCGAACUCUCGACUUGUACCUGAAAGAGCGUGGUCCGACGCUGCGCCAGGUUUUCCACCUCAUUAGCUGCGAGGUGCUGCUACGUCGCCAAAGACCAUCUCCCUUAGACAUUUCCGUAAUGGAGAUGUGCCUCAACCACCGGCGCGACUUCAACCUGGACUACACUCUGGUGAUCACAAAGAUUGAUCUCAUACGCAACAAGAUAGAUGCCCAGACGGUGUACGACAACCUGCGCAAAGUCGUUCGCAGGCUUCGUCUUGGCAAAGCUAAGAUUGUCCCGGCAAGCGUUCGCCACACGACCGGCCGCGUGCUGCUUUGGAAGCGCUUGUGGAGGUCCGUGGAUCCAGAACGUGACUCACGCCCAGCACGAGACCUCAGCAUGGUCCGCCAGGAUGUGGAGCGGCUCGUCGAAGCCAAAGAUGCCGAGACGCUGCUCAAACUGGCCGCGGAGGAGUCUGGAGAUGGAUGGGAGUUUGCCGUUCGUGGGCUCCUGGUCCUUGGAAGACUGCGCGAUGCCUGGCGGAUCAUCCAGGCCGGUCCACGAAAGCCGCAAGGUCUUCAAGCCGGCGAGGAUGAAGGAGAGGAUUCUGCAAUUGACAAUGACAUGCAGAUGCUGAAGGAAGGGCUUUUGGAGGCUGCAGAGGCUGACGGAAAAGAGCAAGAUGAGGACGAGACCGAGCUUGCAGAGGAGGCAAUGGAGGAGAAUGCAGGGGUGGACUUCUUCCAGAUGCCUGAGGAUGUGGAGUCGGAGCAGAUGGCUGCUAUGCAGGAGCGUGCAGCCCUUGCGUUGGGUGAAGCGGCCCUGGCCCCUGCAACAAGCACCGAGAGCGAGACCACACCGCUGGCGCCGUGCGAUGCCGCUUUGGCAGACGAGGUCGCAGCAAUGCUGAGCAGGGAACAUCGUGGGGCGGCGGCGGAGCUGCUGAUGGAGCAAGUGGUCGCCGCCGCUCGCCUCGAGUCUGUGGAAUCUCAGUUCUCGGACACCUUCGGGCAGCUUGAUGCGCUGCUCCAGCGGGCCAAGGAGGAUGCCCUCUACACGCCCUGGAGCGCUGACCGUUGGAACAGGCUGCUGCGUGUGGUCGGGAGUCAGCGCAACUUGGCUGCUGUGGAGAAGGUCCUGAACUACAUGUCAGAGUUUCAGGUCACUGGUGACAAGGACACGGAUGCUGUCAUGGCGGAGUUAGCUGUUGAGUCCGUGGAAUUGGUCCACCAGGCGCCCGGUCCGUGCGAGCUCGACCUCAACCUCCUGCGGAUUGAAGCUCCGCAGGUCUUGUUCCUGGGUGGCUGCACGUUCUCCUCGCGGAAAGGAGGUCCGGAUCGUGCUGCCAUAGCGGACGCUGUUGUGUCCACUGUUCCGAGGCGAAGGAUUCAAGAUGAGAUAGCUGCCAGCAGUGAGAACCUCCGCAAGACCCGAGACCAGCAAAGUACUCCGUUGCAGAUGCAGCCGCUGUCAAGCUGCAAGAUCACGUGCGCACGGAAGCUUUUCCAGCAAGUGUCGUACGAUAGCCUGCCCCAGGAGUUUGCUUUUCUUAUCUAUGCUUCUCUGAACUGGCGCAUGCCGGCAUGGUAUCAGAAUGACAUGAUGAUCGCAGUUCAUACGCCUAUGUAUGGAUCGCCUCUUUGGAAUGGACAGCCCUCCGGCGCUGUGGGGUCCACGCAGCUUGGUUGGCGGGCUCAAACAAGCUGCCGGGGACACUCCAAGGCCGGCGCCUUGCGUAACAAUCGGAUAGGAUUCGAUGAGCUCUCUGCGUCUUCGAGCAUUCUUAGCACCGAUGAAGCACAAUGCUGUGAGUUGGGCGAGUUGUGCAUCAUCGGCCGUGCUGUGUGCUCAGUGCUCCCUGGGCGUUCAGCGCGCUGGGCCUCUGCGCUGCGGCUUCCUUGCGGGGAGGCCGGGCAGGCCGGGCAAGCCGAGCAGGCCGAGCAGGCCCAGCAGGCCGGGCAGUCCGAAGCAGUGUCAGCACCCCCGUCCGUGAAUGAGAGCCUGCUCGUGUCUGAGGACGAGCCGGACGCGCAGCGGAUUCGGAGAUACCAAAGUGGAUUUUCGAGGGGCGGGUACCUUUCAAGCACAGCAUACACAAAUUCUGCAGAGUUUAAGACCGAGUAG